AUGGGAAAAAGAGAUAAGAGAAUAAUAGAAGAACCAGAAGAACCAGAGGAAGCAGGAGAUGUUUUUGAAGUUGAAAAAAUUUUAGAUAAAAGGGUUCAGCAUGGAAGGAUUCAAUAUAGUAUAAGAUGGAAAGGAUUCACAGCAGAUUAUGAUACAUGGGAAGAUGAAGAUAAUGUUGCAGGUUGUCCAGAACUUGUUAAAGAAUUUGAAAGUUCAAGAGAACAAGAAAAAAAAAAAAGUAGAAAAAGAAAAAAUGUUAUAGUUAAUGAUGAUCAAACUGCAGUAGAAUCAUCAUCACCACCACCAACCACCAAACCUUCAUCAUCAUCAUCAUCAACAAAAACAACAAAAGCAGCAACAUCAACAACAACAAAUACAUCAACACAGCAAAAAACAAAUCAUUUAAUUGAUGAUGAAGAAUAUAUAAAAAAUGAAUAUAUAAAAUUUGGUGUACCCUAUAUUGAAGGUAUUGGUUUUGAAAAUGGUCAUUGUGUUGAGGAGAUUAUAGGUUGUAAACCCUUUGGUCAAGAUAAUACACUAUUUUUCUUUGUUAAAUGGAGAGGUCAAGAAAAAUUAUCUUGGGUAUUAAAUGAAAUCCUUAAACAUAAAGAACCAUUACAAUUAAUUGAAUUUUAUGAAAAUAGACUUAAAUUUGGUUAUAAGGGUCAACAAAGUUAA